UAUUGACAAAAAAUGUGAACAUGCAAAAGACCCUGAAAUGUGCGCUAUGGACUCUGGCAAACCGAAUAUUGGGAGGAAGCAAAAAACCAAAAGAAAGCAUCUUACACAAGAAAGUGACAGUCUCCAAAAUGAACAACUAUGCCACAUUGCAUCAAACCAGAAUAAGCAUACAGUGACAAAUAAAGAAACAGACUCAGUUGGGAUUGAAAAAGAUGCAUUUGGAGACACCAUGGAAAAAGAAUACACCACUCUUGAAACAGUGACAUAUGUUUCUGACCAUGAAGAUUUUGAUGGCAUUAUUUCAAAUGAAGAAUAUCCUUCUUUCAUACAAACUAUUGAGGAUUCUGAUUUUUCAAAUGUGUCAUCUGUGUUAUCCAAUACUUGUAGAACACCAAAUCCUGAAGUUUCUUGUGUGUUUGAAAUUCCUUCCAAUUCUGAGGUAGCCAAUGAUAAUGGUGAAGACUUACAUUUUUUUAAAGAUUCCUUUGUGGAAUACAACUCUAUCAUGAAGUUGGGAAUGCAAGACAUUGUCCACAAUUUGGAAAGUUUAAAUAGCAAUGUGCAAAAAAUGGUUCAGACACAGGAAGACAUGUUUUUAAAUUUCAAAAACACACUGGGCUCAAUUGCCAAUUCUUUUAGUAUUUUAGUAGAUUUAAAGGCUCAGAAAUAUAAUGCAGACAAUGGUUCUAACUACACCUUGAAAAAAACUUUUACCAAUUAAAUUAAUGGCGAGUGUGGGGCUCCGGAAGGAGAAUUGGCACAAGAUACCGAGAAGGUGCUACCUAAAAAAUUGACGAAAAAAAAAAACAUAGGAAACUUUUUAAAAACAGAGUCAUGUUUUAUUGAGCAUGUCUGCCUUAAAAGUUUAUUGUGGCUAAAUUUGAAAAUCCACAAAGUUUGAGAAGGAAUUCAUAACACACAGUUAAUUUGCCUGAGAUUUUGUGCCUAACAAUAUAUUAAUAUUAUGAGGUUGAGCACAUAAGUUUUUUCUAAUUUGAUGUUUGAACCUGUUAAAAAUUAAUUUGUUAUGUAAAGUUUCAGGAUACAAACUUCACUAUGUACCAGUGCUGAGCAUUACUGUUUAAAAAUCAGUAUGAAACGACCUCAAACUAUAGGGGGAAAACAUGCCGGUUCAUAAGAGUAAAAUAUUUCUAAAAUGGACAAAACUAUGUGCACUGUAGGGGUAGCAGAUAUAACGUGCAGAGUGUGGAAAAUUUGUGUAGGGUUCAAACUGUAUAUCAUAAUGCUGAUUUAAAAUACAUUAGAUAGGAUUUCACCAGCACACAUACACUCUAACACCAGUGUCGCACGCAGACGGGGUUUGUGAGUACCUGGAAGACCCCCCCUGAUGACCCAAGAUUUCAUUUUGGAGUAGGAGACAGCUUUGUCUGGGUCUAAGCAACAGCCACAUCCGCGAUUGCUGAGCUGCAGCAGCAAGAGAGAGCUGUGGAGCUUUCUGCUUACAGAAUGUGCCGGGGGAUCUGCUGGCUGAGCAUGCUCAGCACCAGCAGCUCUCUCCAUCCUCACUCUGCCGUCCUUCUGCUCCCAGGCCCUGAUAGAUCAUGUAUUGUAAGUUUGCAUCCAGUGUUUGUGAGCAAUUGUCAUGUUUAUAUGUGCAUUUUGCCUGUGGGUUUGUGCACUGGUGUAUGUACAGUAUGUAUGUAUGUAUGUAUGUAUGUAUGUAUGGAUGUGUACUUGUAUAUGUGUGUGUGGGUUUGUGUAUAUAUAUGAAUGUGGUUUGUAUGUAUGGAUGAAUGUGGUACGAAGGAUGUAUGUAUGUAUGAAUGUGGUAUGAAGGAUGUAUGUAUAUAUAGCGUAGUUUUUUCCGGCACUCCAAAUAAUAAAUACAACAUACUGCGGUGCCCUUGUAAGCUUAGCAUAAGAUGACAUUUGUA